AUGGAUGUUGCAUUAGGUAUAAGGGUUCAAGACUCGGUGAUAGUAGCGACCUCUAAGGCGGUAAGUCGAGGCAUUUCUGUACUCAAGACCGAUGACGAUAAAACGAGACAACUAUCUGAACACAAUCUUAUGGCUUUCAACGGAGAAGCAGGCGAUUCUGUCCAGUUCGCUGAGUAUAUCCAGGCAAAUAUCCAAUUGUAUUCCAUUAGAGAAAACUACGAGUUAUCGCCUCAGGCGGUCUCCAGCUUUGUGAGACAAGAGCUGGCCAAAUCCAUCCGCUCCAGAAAACCGUACCAAGUCAACGUCCUGCUAGCGGGCUACGACAUACACAGUGACAAGACCGAGCUUUACCAAAUCGAUUAUUUGGGCACGAAAGUGGAACUGCCCUACGCUGCCCAUGGAUACUCUGGAUUUUACACUUUCUCCUUGCUAGAUCGUCAUUACCGUCCCGACAUGACGCAAGAAGAGGGUCUAAAGCUGUUGAGACUGUGUGUUGAGGAGCUUGAGCGCAGAAUGCCCGUUGAUUUCAAGGGCGUUCUGGUGAAAGUGGUGGACAAAGAUGGAUGUCGAGAAGUCGCUGAUUGGUAA